GAGCUAGUUACUGAUUAAGUGUAAUGAUCAACUAUCAUGUUCUGAAGAAACCGUAACACCUCAUUCUCUCUCUCUUUCUCUUUUUUCAUCUCUAUCUAAUUAACGUUUCCAUUUUCAAUGCACCGACUCCAUCACCAUUCCCAUUCCAAUUAAACAACAAAAAAACCCCAAAAACGGAAGAAGAAAAAAAAAACUCAAACCAAAAUGCGGCGGUUUCACACUCCAACGCUGCUGUUGCUGCUUCUGCUUUUGAUAGGAUGCUGCAUAGCCACCUCGCCGGUCUUCGGCGGUGGCGGCGGUUACCUCCAUCUACAACGAGCAGUUCCUCUUAGCCACCGUGUUGAGAUGGAAACAAUCAGAGCUCGUGAUAGAGUUCGCCAUGCUCGAUUCUUGCAAGGUGUUGUUGGUGGUGUUGUCCGCUUCCAAGUUCAAGGCACCUCCGAUCCAUUCUCACUGGGGCUGUAUACUACCAAAGUAAAGAUAGGAUCUCCACCUAAGGAAUUUAAUGUUCAGAUUGAUACUGGAAGUGAUAUUUUGUGGGUUAAUUGCAAUACUUGCAGUAAUUGUCCUCAAACUAGUGGACUUGGGAUUGAGCUCAAUUUCUUUGACACAGUUGGUUCAUCCACUGCUGCGCUAGUUCCUUGCUCGCACCCUAUAUGCACUUAUGGGGGUCAAGGUCCAGGUGCUCAAUGCUCCCCUCAGGUUAAUCAGUGCAGCUACACGUUUCAGUAUGAAGAUGGGAGUGGUACCUCAGGUACUUAUGUCUCUGAUGAACUGUAUUUUGACAUGAUUCUCGGACAGUCUGCUCCUGAUGGUGUCAACUCUUCGGCUACCGUUAUUUUUGGGUGUAGCACCUCUCAGUCUGGAGAUUUGACUAAGACGGAUAGAGCGGUUGAUGGAAUUUUUGGGUUCGGCCCUGGUGCUCUAUCUGUUGUAUCACAAUUGUCAUCACGAGGAAUAACACCCAAAGUUUUCUCUCAUUGUUUGAAAGGAGAUGCCAAUGGAGGAGGCAUUCUAGUUCUUGGUGAGAUUUUGGAGCCAAGUAUUGUUUAUAGUCCACUAGUCCCAUCACAACCUCAUUACAACUUAAAUCUUGAAAGCAUUGCUGUCAAUGGGCAACUUCUCUCAAUUAAUCCAGCUGUAUUUGCAACAUCUGACAACCGAGGAACUAUAAUUGACUGUGGUACAACAUUGGCAUAUCUUGUUCAAGAAGCUUAUGAUCCUCUUGUUAAUGCAGUUAAUACUGCUGUGUCACAAAUUGCUACUCCCUUUAUUUCAAAAGGAAGCCAGUGUUAUCUGGUCAUAACCAGUAUAGAUGAUAAUUUUCCUCCAGUCAGUUUAAACUUUGCGGGUGGAGCAUCAAUGGAUUUAAAACCAGCACAAUACCUUGUGCAUAACGGUUUCCAGGACGGUGCUGCAAUGUGGUGCAUAGGUUUCCAGAAAGUGCAAGAGGGAGUCACAAUUUUAGGAGAUCUUGUUCUAAAAGAUAAGAUCAUUGUCUAUGACUUGGCUCGUCAGCGAAUUGGAUGGACUAACUAUGAUUGUUCCAUGUCUGUAAACGUCUCGGUGACUACAAGCAAGGAUGAGUACAUCAAUGCAAGAGCAAAACAGACUAGUGUCAGCAGCUCAAAGAUAGGGAUUCUCUCCAAGUUACUCCCUGUAAGCAUUGUGGCUCUUUCUAUGCACAUAAUAAUCUUCAUGAAGUCACCACAUUUAUAAUUUAAACUCAAGAUUCAAAAGCUCAUUCUUUGUCACCUAACAUUGAUACCUACUUGAGUUUGCAACUCUUGGCGCAUUUGGAUCAGGAGUGGUAGAUGUGUUUACUCUAUGUUCACAAAAGGGGGUAUCCUCCCAUUUAUCUAAUGAAAAUGCAGAUCUCAUUGUAAAGAGAGAACUGGCAUUAAUGUAGAUUAGUGUAUCUCUAAUGGUUCAGAUUGUAAUAUUUAUAUAGUGCUCUGACGGCACAGAACAGUUCAGCUGUGUUCUUCAGCUCUCACUCUUAGAUAGGUGUAUAGGUUUCUCUUAACAAUGGAUUCAUGAGUGGUGCUCAGAUAAUUUUGAUAUUUUAUUUAAUAUUUACUUAA